UAGUGCGGAAGGAACUACGAGUGAGUUGUGGGCGCCAUUGCUGCGUUGUGUCGGGGAUCGACGUGUUUUGCGUGCUGAAAACAGAGGAAAUACAGAUAAUUAUAAUGUCCGCGCACGAACAGAUGCGGCAAAUGCUGGAUCAAUUAAUGGGCACAGGCAGAGAUGGAGAAAACAACCGCUACAAGGUACAUUUCACCGAUCCCCGGGUUUGCAAGAGCUUCCUGCUCAACUGUUGUCCACAUGACAUUCUGGCAUCCACUCGCAUGGAUCUCGGGGAGUGCCUGAAAAUUCAUGACCUGGCCCUCCGUGCAGAUUUUGAGAAUGCUUCGAAGGACAAGGACUACUUCUAUGAUGUGGAUGCCAUGGAGCACCUUCAGAACUUCAUUGGGGAGUGUGAUCGUCGCACGGAGCAGGCCAAGCGUCGCCUGGCAGAAACUCAAGAGGAACUGAGCAGUGAAGUCACUCAAAAGCUGAACCGCAUGCAAGAGCUUGCAGAACUUAUGGGAAAGAAGCUUGCAGCUGCAGAGGCGAAAGGUGCUGAUGGCAAUGUAGAGGAAUCGCUAAAGCUAUUGGAAGAAGUCGAGGAUGUGCGCAAGAAGAAAGCAGAGGCUGAACAAGACUACCGCAACUCAAUGCCAGCCUCGUCAUACCAGCAACAGAAGCUGAGGGUGUGCGAGGUAUGCUCCGCUUAUCUUGGUAUCCACGACAACGACAGGCGUCUCGCCGAUCAUUUUGGAGGGAAGUUGCAUCUUGGCUUUAUCACAAUACGUGAGAAGUUGGAUGACCUGAAGAAAAUGGUGACUGAAAAGCGUGAGAAGGCUCGUCAUGAGCAACAUGAAAAAGAGCGAAUGGGUGGAGUCGACAGCAACCGCAGAGCAGCACCACGGACUUGGGAGGCCACAAGGUCGCAUAGCCGUAGCCCCUCCAGACGACCACGUCAACGGUCUCGAUCCAGAGAAGGACGCAACCGGCGGUCUCGUUCACGGUCUCCCAACCGUCGAGCAAACCGGGGAUCUUCGGACUACAACCGGCGCAAUAGAAGUCGUGAGCGGGAACGUUACAGGGAUGGGCGCAACAGACGCCCGUCAAGAGACCGCAGGAGCGAUGGGAACUCCUCUCGAGACAAGGAUCGCAGAUCAGAAACAAGGACAAGUGAUGGAGAAGAAAAUCACAGAGGUGAAAAAUGAUGUUGGAUUGCCCCUGGAUGGCCAGCAGCCAACCUGUUGGUGUAUAUAGUGACUGUGGAAGAGGAGAUGGGUUUUAUGGCAACCUUCUUAGCCAUUUGUAUUGAAUAUUCACGAGGAAAUGUGAAAAAACACCCUAACUGUGGAGCACGGUGGAAGAUUGAGGUAAACAUACGAAAAAUAAAGCAUCUUCUCUAACUGUU